UGUUUUGUCUUGUAGAUAGACAAAGGUUCGGUGCGCUCUUGCAUCUCUUUCUCUCUCAUUUCUACAUCUCUCUCUCUCUCUAAAACUCUCUCUAGGUUUAGUUUUCUAUCAGAAUCUGUAAUCUCUGCUUCCAUCUCAUCACUCUCAAUGGAUUCUCCACUAUGCUCUUGAGGUAGCGACUUCAACGUAAAGGGAGCUUACAUUUGGGGUUGAGUUAUUGGGAAAUAUUAAUUUCUGGAGCAAAGCUGCUUUCUUUACCAGUGCUGCCACUUGGACUGUUGUCUCACUCUUUGCGGUUUUAAACAUUUGGAAGAUUAAGCAAGUGAAAUGAUGCAGAGACCUCCCCAUGAAGACUUCUCGCUCAAGGAGACCAAACCCCACCUUGGUGGUGGGAAGGCUACUGGUGAUAAGCUCACAAGUACGUAUGACCUUGUGGAGCAAAUGCAGUACCUAUAUGUUAGAGUUGUAAAAGCUAAAGAUUUGCCUGCCAAGGAUCUUACUGGUAGCUGUGACCCGUACGUGGAGGUUAAGCUGGGAAACUACAAGGGCACCACACGCCAUUUUGAGAAAAAAUCAAAUCCGGAGUGGUUGCAGAUCUUUGCCUUCUCCAAGGAUCGAAUUCAGGCCUCUGUACUGGAAGUAACUGUGAAAGACAAGGAUGUGUUGAAGGAUGAUUUCAUGGGUAGGGUUCUGUUUGACCUCAAUGAGGUUCCCAAACGGGUUCCACCUGAUAGUCCUCUCGCUGCACAGUGGUAUAGGCUGGAAGAUAGGAAUGGGAAUAAACUUAAGGGAGAGCUCAUGUUGGCCGUGUGGUGGGGUACCCAAGCCGACGAAGCAUUUCCCGAAGCAUGGCAUUCAGAUGCAGCAACUGUUAGUGGUGCUGACAGUCUUUCAAGCAUUCGCUCAAAGGUGUAUCUCUCACCCAAGCUUUGGUAUCUAAGGGUCAAUGUGAUUGAAGCACAGGAUUUGAUUCCCACCGAUAAGACGAGGUUUCCGGAUGUUUUUGUCAAGGCUCAACUAGGAAUUCAAACUCUAAGAACAAGAAGUUCUAUGAGCAAAUCGAUCAAUCCAAUGUGGAAUGAAGACUUGAUGUUUGUGGCUGCAGAACCAUUUGAAGAGCCCUUAAUUUUGAGCGUGGAAGACAGAGUUGCUCCAAACAAGGAUGAGGUUCUAGGACGGUGUGCUAUUCCCUUGCAGUACGUGGACAGGAGGUUAGACCAUAAACCCUUGCAUACUAAGUGGUACACACUUGAGAAGCAUGUCAUUAUUACUGAGGGAGAUAAGAAGAAGGAGAUUAAAUUCUCAAGUCGGAUUCAUAUGAGAAUCUGUCUGGAAGGCGGUUAUCAUGUAUUGGAUGAAUCCACACAUUACAGUAGUGAUCUUAGACCGACUGCAAAGCAGUUGUGGAAGUCCAGCAUUGGGGUUCUUGAGGUGGGUAUCCUGAAUGCUCAGGGUUUAUCACCGAUGAAGACAAAAGAUGGAAGGGCAACAACAGAUGCUUACUGUGUUGCCAAGUACGGGCAGAAGUGGGUCCGAACACGGACGAUCAUAGAUAGUGCUGCCCCCAAGUGGAAUGAACAGUAUACCUGGGAAGUUUUUGAUCCUUGUACCGUUAUAACUGUUGGAGUGUUUGAUAAUUGUCAUCUUCAUGGCGGGGAUAAGGCUGGUGGAGCAAGGGAUUCGCGGAUUGGAAAGGUCAGAAUUCGCCUUUCUACUCUUGAAACAGACAGGGUUUACACACAUUCAUAUCCGCUUUUGGUUUUGCAUCCAACUGGUGUAAAGAAAAUGGGUGAAAUUCAUUUGGCUGUGAGGUUUACAUGCUCUUCUUUGCUAAAUAUGAUGAACAUGUACUCGCAACCACUAUUGCCCAAGAUGCAUUAUGUCAAUCCAUUAACUGUGAGUCAGCUCGAUAGUUUGAGGCACCAGGCCACUCAGAUUGUCUCCAUGAGGCUUAGUCGUGCUGAGCCACCUCUUAGAAAAGAGGUAGUGGAGUAUAUGCUUGAUGUUGGAUCUCACAUGUGGAGUAUGAGAAGAAGUAAAGCUAACUUCUUUAGAAUUAUGGGAGUUUUCGGUGGACUGAUUGCUGUUGGCAAAUGGUUUGAUCAGAUUUGCAACUGGAAGAAUCCCAUAACCACUGUUCUGAUACACAUUUUAUUCUUGAUUUUGGUAUUAUAUCCAGAACUAAUACUACCAACCAUUUUCCUCUACCUCUUCUUAAUUGGAGUUUGGUACUACAGAUGGAGGCCAAGACAUCCUCCUCACAUGGACACUCGCCUCUCUUGUGCUGAUAAUGCACAUCCUGAUGAACUGGAUGAGGAAUUUGAUACCUUUCCAACUUCACGCCCUGCUGACAUUGUUAGGAUGAGAUAUGAUCGGUUGAGAAGUAUUGCUGGAAGAAUACAGACUGUGGUCGGUGACUUGGCAACUCAAGGGGAGAGGCUGCAGUCUUUGUUAAGCUGGAGAGAUCCCAGAGCUACUGCACUUUUUGUAAUUUUCUGCUUGGUUGCGGCAAUUGUUCUCUAUGUCACUCCUUUCCAAGUUGUGGCCCUUAUUGCAGGAUUCUAUGUGCUAAGGCAUCCCAGGUUCCGUCACAAGCUUCCUUCUGUCCCCCUCAAUUUCUUCCGGAGAUUGCCAGCAAGGACCGACUGUAUGCUAUGAGCAGCCAGUAACUGUGGCUUCGUUUGGUAUUCUAGCUAUUCUGUUCUCUAUGUUGUGUAAGAUAGUGCUGUGAAACUAGUAGUUGUUGGUUUAAGAUUCAUUAUAUGUGUUUCUUAAGAAUUCAGUUUAAAAGCCCAACUCUGCAUCAAGCACAUCAUUUUGGUUUGUUAUUGGAGUUUUUUUGUUUUUUAA